CGGAAAGCGAAAGUGAAAAUAGCCUUCUGUAGUCUACAAGAUUUGUAACUUUAGAAGGGAAGACAACAUUCAUACAAAGGUAUCCUACACCUACCGAGCUAGAACAUCAACCUUGGUAAGACGAUGUUUGAGAUAUUUUCCAAUAGAUUGUGUUAAUUUGUGUGCGAUUUGAAUUCGUUUUAAAUAUAAUCAGUAGCUUCGAAAGUCUGUGUGAAGGUGUUGAAUGGCUUUUUCCUGUGCGCGUAAACUGCCAUAACGCAAUGAACAGUGCGUAAUUUGACAUAAAGGUAUACCCAAAGACCAAUAGAAGUAUGUCAGACAAACAAGUGUCUGUUUGAUUCACAUUGUAUAUUUAUGUUCUUAACGACAUUGUGGAGCUCAAUAGCCUACCCAAAGUUUAGCAGUUAUGCAAUGUCCUAUACUGUAAUCAGUAGAGAAACACAACCUGGUCUCAGAGCAUUCCAUUUAGUAUGAUAUCUUAUGUUUGGUAUGGUUACAUAAGACAGAUGGUUACUUAAGGCAAAAACGUAACUCUUUUAGCUAACCGUUCACCUAAUCCUAACCUUAACCCUUUAACCUAACUCCUAAACUUAACCCUAACCUUAACCUUAACCCCUAACCCCUUGUCUAGCUAAUGUUAGCAGUCUAGCUAACGUUAGCCACCAACACCAAGCUAGAAUUCAUAACAUAUCAUACGUAACAUAUUGUACGUUUUGCAAAUACGUAACAUAUUGUAUGUGGGUGGGGGUAGAACGGGUGUAUAAUUCAAACUUCUAGCAACCCAAAGGUUGCGAGUUCGAAUCUCAUCAUGGACAACUUUAGCAUUUUAGCUAAUUAGCAGCUUUUCAACUACUUACUUAUUUUUUAGCUACUUUUUAACUACUAAGGCAGAUGGUUACUUAAGGCAAAAACGUAACUCUUUUACCUAACGCUUCCCCUAACCCUAAUGUUCGCGAGCUAGCUAACAUUAGCCACCUAGCUACAUAUCAUAUCUUUGCAAAUUCGUAACAUAUAGAUUUUUGGAAAUUCGUAACUUAUAGUACAAAUUGUAAUUCGUAACAUAUAAUACGAAAUGGGUGAUGGACAUCCACAACUUAAUACAUACCGUACGAAACAUAACAUACAGUUGAAGUCGGAUGUUUACAUACACCAUAGCCAAAUAGAUUUAAAUUCAGUUUUUCACAAUUCCUGAUAUUUAAUCCUAUUAAACAUUCCCUGUUUUAUGUCAGUUAGGAUCACCACUUUAUUUUAAGAAUGUGAAAUGUCUGAAUAAUAGUAGAGAGAAUGAUUUAUUUCAGCUUUAAUUUCUUUCAUCACAUUCCCAGUGGGUCAGAAGUUUACAUACAGUCAAUUAGUAUUUGAUAGCAUUGCCUUUAAAUUGUUUAACUUGGGUCAAACGUUUCGGGUAGCCUUCCACAAGCUUCCCACAAUAAGUGGGUGAAUUUUGGCCCAUUCCUCCUGACAGAGCUGGUGUAACUGAGUCAGGUUUCUAGGCCUCCUUGCUCGCACACGCUUUUUCAGUUCUGCCCACAAAUUGUCUAUAGGAUUGAGGUCAGGGCUUUGUGAUGGCCACUCCAAUACUUUGACUUUGUUGUCCUUAAGCCAUUUUGUCACAACUUUGGAAGUAUGCUUUGGGUCAUUGUCCAUUUGGAAGACCCAUUUGCGACCAAGCUUUAACUUCCUGACUGAUGUCGUGAGAUGUUGCUUCAAUAUAUACACAGCAUUUUCCUUCCUCAUGAUGCCAUCUAUUCUGUGAAGUGCACCAGUCCCUCCUGCAGCAAAGCACCCGCACAACAUGAUGAUGCCACCCCCGUGCUUCACGGUUGGGAUGGUGUUCUUCGGCUUGCAAGCAACCCCCUUUUUCCUCCAAACAAACGAUGGUCAUUAUGGCCAAACAGUUCUAUUCUUGUUUCAUCAGACCAGAGGACAUUUCUCCAAAAAGUACGAUCUUUGACCCCAUGUGCUUUUUUAUGGCGGUUUUGGAGCAGUGGCUUCUUCCUUGCUGAGCGGCCUUUCAGGUUAUGUUGAUAUAGGACUCGUUUUAUUGUGGAUAUAGAUACUUUUGUACCUGUUUCCUCCAGCAUCUUCACAAGGUUCUUUGCUGUUGUUCUGGGAUUGAUUUGCACUUUUCGCACCAAAGUACGUUCAUCUCUAGGAGACAGAACACGUCUCCUCCCUGAGCGGUAUGACGGCUGCGUGGUCCCAUGGUGUUUAUACUUGUGUACUAUUGUUUGUACAGAUGAACGUGGUACCUUCAGGUGUUUGGAAAUUGUUCCCAAGGAUGAACCAGACUUGUGGAGGUCUACAAUUGUUUGUUUUUCUGAGGUCUUGGCUGAUUUCUUUUGAAUUUACCAUGAUGUCAAGCAAAGAGGCACUGAGUUUGCAAGUAGGCCUUGAAAUAUAUCCACAGGUACACCUCCAAUUGACUCAAAUUAUGUCAAUUAACUUAUCAGAAGCUUCUAAAGCCAUGACAUCGUUAAAAAAAAAAAUCCAAGCUGUUUAAAGGCACCGUCAACUUAGUAUAUGUAAACUUCUGACCCACUGGAAUUGUGAUACAGUGAAUUAUAAGUGAAAUAAUCUGUCUGUAAACAAUUGUUGGAAAAAUUACUUGUGUCAUGCACAAAGUAGAUGUCCUAACCGACUUGCCAAAACUAUAGUUUGUUAACAAGAAAUGUGUGGAGUGGUUAAAAAUGAGUUUUAAUGACUCCAACUUAAGUGUAUGUAAACUUCCAACUUCAAAUGUACGUUUUCGCAAAUUCGUAACAUAUUGUAUGUUUUGCAGAUUCAUAACAUAUUGUAUGUUUUGCAAAUUUAUAACAUAUAAUUCAAAUUGUAUUUCGUAACAUAUAAUACGAAAUGGGUGAUGGACAUACACAAAUUAAUACACACCAACAUAAUAUACUAAGUGGACUGUCUCGGAUUUACAUACAGAAUAAUACAAAAUGCUCUGAGACCAGGUUGAGAGACAAUGCUUAACAUAGGGUGAGUAGAUGUUUGUAGAUGAAAUCAGCAAUCAUAUUCUGUUGGCAUGAUACGUGACUCAAAUUGGGUGUAUGCUGUCUCCAUAUCUGUAUUCAUUGAUAAGUCAAGGUCUUCAGUCAACUUUACAGAAUUAAAUAGAUAAUGUUUUCCCUCCUAUUCUAAUAUUCUGUGUCUAGUGAGCUAGAAUGGCAUCUGGUCCGGAAUCUGGGUCUUCUUCUGUCCAUUCCAUCAACAUCUCAGCCCAGAAUGGGGCCAGUGUCAAUGCUCCCAUAACGGUUGGUAACACCAUUGGAGCAAUCCAUUAUCAUACAGGUGAUGGUGAGUAGUGUAAAAUCUAUACUUUUAACACAAUGAUUUAGCACAAAAUUAAUAAACUGAGCAUUGCACUCAUAUGAGACAAAAGUUCAAUUAUUGACUAAUAUUGACAUAAAACGUUAUCACACUCAAUCAUACCAAUCAUUCGAGCUUGCUCAUUGGGCAGCUAGAAUGAUUUCCAUUUGACUUAUCAGGAUGGACAGAUGUAACAUUUAUCAUAAUAGUGGGUCCUCUUCUCUUGCAGUCCCUUCGCCUGCAGCAUCCCAGCACACCAGCCCCUCAUCAGGCCAUGAUUUCCUGAAGACACACAAGAGCUCUAGAGACCAGGAUGGGCAACCUUCGUCCCAUCCUUAGCGCUCUCGAGCACCUUGGGGUUCUGAGUGGGGAGGAUAGAGAGGAGGUGGACUUCAAAACCACACCGACCAAGAAGAACGAAGCUCUGCUGACAAUGAUAAUUAAGAAAGGGCAAACUGCGCAGGAACAGUUUUACCAGGCCCUGAAAAAAGCAGACCAUCUCCUGGUGGAAGACCUGGAGGGAUAGACUACCUCCUAAUACACUGCCAUAUCCAUAAUUGCCAAUUCCAUUCCGUUAUGAAAUAAGACCAAAUGUUUAGGAAUAAGUAAUGCGAAUUAGGAUAGUUUAUUU